CAUCUAAACUGCUGAUAAGAAUAUCGGAAAUAAUUACGCGUUUUUUAUGACACGACCACAAUACGCACGGCGAGGCAGCCCAGAGAAUGUAUUAGUUACGAGCGAGAUCUAUGGUUGUCUUUCAGUUUUAGUUUAUCUGUGUGCGUUUGUGUUCACUUGGUUGCGUAUGACUGCCAUUGCUAUUGUUCGCUUGUAGUUGCUGAUUUAGAAUGAGUUACACGGUGCUCUGUGGUACCGUGCUUCUAUGCGCCUCCGCGGGACUCUGCGCGCCAGUGGCUGACCAGUAUUCCCGGAGUGUGGACUGGCUGACGCGGUAUGGCUACCUGCUACCACCAGACCCGCGCACUGGCCUACUUCAGACCAAGGAGGGGAUUCACAAGGCCCUGCGACAGAUGCAGAGAUUCGCUGGACUGAAUGAAACGGGAAUGCUGGACUCAGCUACUCUGUUCCUCAUGUCUACCCCCCGGUGCUCCCUCCCUGACGUUGUGGGGACAGGAGACUUGCGGAAAAAGAGGAGGAAAAAGAGAUACGCUCUGUCAGGGCUGCAGUGGGAUAAGACUGAACUCACGUGGAGUGUGGACAGCUAUCCCUCUCCCUCCUCCUCUCGGUCUCUGCGCCCGGAGCUGGUGGUGCCCAUUCUGACCCACGCCCUCAGAGUAUGGGCCGAGGUUACCCCGCUGCACUUCCACCUCCUGCCCCGGCAGAGGGGAGGGGGCGGAGAGAGGAGGGAGGAGGGGGACAUCCGGGUGUCCUUUCCGCGCUCCUUCCACGAGGACGGGUACCCCUUUGACGGUAACGGCGGCACGCUCGCGCACGCCUUCUUCCCGGGCCGAUCGGACCUCGCCGGGGACGUGCACUUCGACGACGAGGAGAGCUGGAGCUACGCGGCGCAGCCGGGCGACCGCGGCAGUACUGACCUCUUCACAGUGGCUGUCCAUGAGUUCGGCCACGCCCUGGGCCUCUCCCAUUCCUCCUCUGAUGCGUCAAUCAUGCGACCCUAUUACCAGGGCCCAGUGGGGGACAUUGGGAGCUUCAAACUCCCUGAGGAUGACAGGCUAGGCAUCCAGACACUCUAUGGGAACGGGAGAGCAUUGCUGACUCCACCUCCCCCUGCCACGCCCAGUCUGCCCCGGCCCCCUGGUCCUUCAUCUCCAUCACCAACCAGACGCCCACUGCCCUCCAUCCUGAAUCGCUGUGAGGGCGGCUAUGACGCUGUGGCCAACAUCAGAGGAGAGGUGUUCUUCUUUAAGGGUCCGUAUUUCUGGCGGAUCCAGCAGUCGGGAUCUCUGGUGUCUCUUUCGCCAGCUCUAAUUUGGAAGUUCUGGAACGGGCUGCCCCGUGAAACCCACAGAAUCGACGCCGUCUACGAGAGGAAGGGCGACAGCCGUAUCGUUUUCUUUAUCGGUGACCAGUACUGGGUCUUCAAGGACACAUCCCCUCUCCCUGGGUACCCCCGGCCCCUGUCAGACUGGGGCUUGCUCUCCAGGGACGGCACAGCAUCCGAGAGGGUGGGGGCGGCGUUUGUGUGGGCACAUAAUGGGAAGACCUACCUGUUCAGUGGUGGGGAGUUCUGGAGAUUUGACGAAGGAGGGAGUGGUGCAGGGAGGACCCUGAACGUGGGCUACCCUAGACCUACCUCUCUCUGGGGAGGGGUUCCCUCCAACCCCGAUGACAUCAUGAGCUGGAUAGAUGGAGACACUUACUUCUUCAAGGACAACUCCUACUGGGUGGUGAAGAGUGGAGGAUUGGGCCAUGAAGCUGUCACUCCGAAAUCCAUUGCAGUUGAUUGGAUGAGAUGUCCACCUCCUUCAACUCCUACCCAAUCAUCAGACAGCUGCAAUCCUAGGGGCCAGAAGAAGUGCAGCUGCGCCGGGAACAGGGCUGUCCCAAUUCAAGCCUCCAACUGUACAAUAUUAUUUUCCCUCACUUUGAUUUUCUGCUCUCUUUUUAACUCAUUAACAAGUAGACUGAGUUUUUAAUGUACAAAUAGGCUACACCCAAGUUAUUUGAAUAGAAUGAAUCAUUUUAGUUGUCAUGCAAAAUAAACUGUGGAUUGAAUUGCAA